GUCCCUUUCGGACCGGAAGCUGUGUUGUUUACAUUUUCUAAGAUGGCGGCGGGGAUGUAUUUGGAGCAUUAUUUGGACAGCAUAGAAAACUUGCCCUUCGAGUUGCAGAGAAACUUCAAUUUGAUGAGGGAUCUAGAUCAACGCACAGAGGAUCUAAAGGGACAGAUAGACUCUCUGGCUAAAGAGUACACAGGCAACGCCCGGACUCUGUCCUCUGAGCAAAAGCUGUCCAUACUGAGGCAGAUUCAGCAGUCUUACAGUAAAUGCAAAGAGUUUGGAGAUGAUAAGGUGCAACUGGCUAUGCAGACCUAUGAGAUGGUCGACAAACACAUCAGACGCCUCGACACAGACCUGGCUCGGUUUGAGGCUGACCUGAAGGAAAAGCAGAUCGAGAGCACGGACUAUGAUUCCACCUCAAGUAAGGGGAAGAAAGCUGAAACCAGACAGAAGGAAAAGAAGACAGCUAAAACGAGGUCUAAAGUGAAGAGUUCGGACGAAGACGGCAGUCCCAAAAGUGCACAGAAGAAAGUCAAACUCCUUCAGCCAGGAGAAUUCAACAGCCCUGCCACCAACUUUGGGAAUGUGCACCCAUCUGAUGUGCUGGACAUGCCAGUGGACCCCAACGAACCCACCUACUGUCUGUGUCAUCAGGUCUCGUACGGCGAGAUGAUCGGCUGCGACAACACUGAUUGCUCCAUCGAGUGGUUCCAUUUUGCAUGCGUGGGCCUGACAACCAAACCAAGAGGCAAAUGGUAUUGUCCACGAUGCUCUCAAGACAGGAAGAGAAAAUAAACACACCUGGAACAAAACGUGGACGCCGAUCAGACGGGAAAUGAGAAGAAUAUUUCUUCAUUAGUUAUUAGACUUUUUGUUUCUCAUCUUCCUUAACAUUUGGUGCUUUUUUUUGGUUUACGUAAUUUGCCUUGCUCUGAUGCAGUGUGUGUGUGAAGGAGCCAAGUGGUUACAAAUGUAUUUAAAUAUGGAUUUUGUUUUUUUUUAAAACGGUUAACAAUGUUACUUUUGGUGCUCUUAUUGUGAUUUCUUUUUUUUACAUUUUGUUUUUUCUCUCCGAGUGAAUUAUAGACACUACAACUGCCCCUAAUGGUUUAACAGUUCCAAGCUGUCAUGAUACUUUAUACUAUAUAAUAUUCACAUGUAUAACUACAAAAUUCAAGUACUUUCUCUGGAAAUAAUUAGGCCAUUUUUGCUUUGUUGUAUAGUUAGUUUCAUGUGCUUAGCCUUGGAACACUAGUUUUAUUUUUUAAAUAUAACAAGAGGGCAAAAGAAGAUGAAGUGAAAUGCUGCAUCUUGACAGUAUUAAUCAUCUGUGGGUAGUGAGUUAAAAACCAUUUCAUUUUAACAUUUGAUUGAGUGCUGUAUAGAAAGUAAGACACUUUGUGAGAAGUAUCGUCAUUUCUGUAGCUGAAACAUUGGUACAGUGGAGAGGGGGUGAUUGUGUUGUCAAUCAUUUGAAUACAGCUACUACCUCAAAAAAACA